AUAUCCAUAUUCGGAUUUAGCUGGUUAUAAAUACCAAGCCCCAUAAAACCUCUCAUCAGUCAUCACCCAAACAUCGGCAUCAACAAUUUCAUCCGAUCACAAAGCAUUCGGCAAAUCCAAGCUCAACAACAAGUCAACAAUGGGUCUUCAGGAAGAUUUUGAGGCAUACGCUGAGAAGGUUAGAUCCUUACCUGCUGCUACUAACGAUGACUUGCUCAUCCUCUAUGGGUUAUACAAGCAGGGCAAUGUUGGAGAUGUGAAUACCGCGCGCCCUGGUAUGUUUGAUCUAAAAGGAAAGGCGAAAUGGGAUGCCUGGAAGGCUAACGAAGGAAAAGCUAAAGAGGAUUGCAUGAAUGAUUACAUCACAAAGGCUAAGCAAUUGUUGGAGGCAGCAGGUCUACCUUGUUGAUGCUCGUUCCUGAUGUAUUAGUAUUUGCUCUCUAUUCGUGUUGUUUCUUCCUAAAUUAAUCAAAUUUGACUGCUGUAUGUUAUUUAGUCAUUAGAAUGGAUCUGUGUGUGUGAACUUUAAAUUAUAAUCAAAGACCAUAAGAUUUCAGAAUUUCAGUUUA